AUGAAGGAGUUGAAUGACUAUGGAAUAUGUGUGAAUGAUACAGAGUACAGUUCUCUAGGAGUAUCAAAUGACGUCAAAUUAUUACUUGGAGCUGAUGUGGCCGGCAAGCUUUUCACAGGCAAUGUAAAAUGUUUGAUUGAAGGUUUUGUUGCCGUUGAGUCACAUCUAGGGUGGACUCUUAUGUGGAAGAUACCUAUAAAUGAUAUUGCUGUGACGACAAAUUCUUCUCUUUCAUUGCUUUUAACUGAAGCAUCUGUGAAUCAACUGUGGUCAUUGGAUGUUUUGGGAAUCACUUAUCCAUCUCCUAAGAAAGUGCAGGCAGAGUUGCAAAGAGCUACUCAAAAGUACUUUUUGAAAGCAAUCAGACUGGAUGCAGAAAACCGUUUUGUGGUUAGCAUGCCUUGGCUGGAAGAUCAUCCUCCAUUGCCAGACAACUAUGACCUGGCGUAUAAAAGAUUGAAUUCGACUGUCAACCGGCUUGAAUCGCAGUCGAUUUAUAAAGAGUAUGAGCAAGUUUUUAAUGAAUGGAUGGAGGAAGGAAUAAUAGAAAAACCAAAUAGCACUACCAAAAUUAGACCCGUGUUUGAUGCUUCAGCUAAGGUCAAAUUUUUUCCAAGUUUAAAUGAUUGCUUAGAGAAGGGUGAAAAUCUUAUUGAAUUGAUACCAAGUAUUUUGAUGCGGUUUUGGACUGAGAGAAUUGGUGUUGUUUCAGACAUACGUAAAGCCUUCUUACAAAUCGGACUUACUGAAACUGAUAAGAAUUACUUAAGAUUUUUAUGGCUUAGUGAUACAGGCUUGAAGUUUUACAGGCAUUGCAGGGUAGUACUUGGAGUAACCUGUAACCCAUUUUUGCUGUCUUCAACUGUCAAAUACCUUCUGAUGAAUGUUUUGAAGGAAAUAAGCGAACAAAAAGCUACUUAUCCUGAAUAUGUUGUACAAAAACUAAUGAAAAGUUUUUAUGUGGACAAUUGUGUGACGAGUGUUAAGAAUACAGGAGAAUUGAAUAUGUUUGAAAGAGUUGCUACUGAAAUAAUGGCAAGUAGAAAAUUCGAUCUUAGAGGGUGGGAGUACACCGACUUAACCGAGGAAAAUUCACAACCACCUACAAAUGUUCUUGGUAUGAGCUGGGAUAAGAAAUAUGAUACUCUUCAAGUGAAUACAGGUUGCAUUAAAGAGCUUAACAUUGAGAAAGUAACGAAGAUAACCAUCCUGUCAGCUGCACAUAGACUUUUUGACCCCUUGGGUAUGAUCUGUCCUGUAACGUUGAUCCCAAAAUUGCUUCUUCAGAGCAUUUGGAAGUUGAAACUGAAUUGGGAUGAUGAUGUUGAUGAAAACACCAGAAGAGAAUUUUUAAAAUGGAUAGAAGGUGUACUGUACAUUAAGAAAAUUAAUAUUCCAAGGUAUUUUGGACUAAGUGGAUCCAAGAAGUGUUCCAUAUAUUUACCUCAAGAAUUGUAG